AUGCAUCUUACUUGCAUUUUAGGUAAAGAGGAGGUAAGUAAAAAGGUAGACCAGAAGCUCUACAGAUGUAUGAUUGGUUCACUACUCUACCUAACUGCAUCUAGACCUGAUAUUCUGUUUAGUGUCUGCUUAUGUGCAAGAUUCCAAUCAGAUUCUAGAAAGUCACACUUAAUUGCUGUCAAGAGAAUUCUGAGGUAUCUGAAAGGUACUACUAAUGUUGGACUUUCUUAUAGAAAAUCCAAAGAGUUCAAUUUAGUAGGUUAUUAUGAUGCUGAUUUUGCUGGAGACAGAGUAGAAUGUAAAGGUACACCUGGAAGCUGUCAGUUUCUAGGAAAUAAUCUGGUCUCCUGGUACAUCAAAAAGCAAGCCACAAUUGCACUAUCAACUACAAAAGCAGAAUACGUUGCUGUUGCAGGCUGUAGCACUCAGAUGCUUUGGAUGAAAAGUCAGUUAGAGGAUUAUCACUUCUAUGAGCGUAAGAUUCCUAUUCUCUAUGAUAAUACUUCUGCUAUAUGUCUUUCUAAAGGCCUAUCCUACACUCCAAAGCUAAACACAUAG